AUGGAGGGAAGUGGAGAUAGUACCGAAUGUUCUAAGACUAGCCCUUAUGAGGUAAGUGAUGAUGAAGGCGAAAGCGAGCAGAAAAUUGAAGUGUCCAAGCUUAAAGACGGAGGAAGCUCAAGCAACAGUACUGUUGAAGAGAGCGAGAAGAAGCCAUCCCUGAGGCCUUAUGUCCGAUCCAAGAUGCCUCGACUCCGGUGGACACCUGAUCUUCAUCUGCGCUUUGUUAAUGCUGUCGAAAGACUUGGGGGUCAAGAUAGAGCUACACCAAAAUUAGUACUUCAGUUGAUGGACAUGAAAGGGCUUAACAUAGCUCAUGUCAAGAGUCAUUUGCAGAUGUAUAGAAGCAAAAAGACUGAUGAUUCCAGCCAAUUAGGUAUGAUGGAUCACAGAGUAUUUAUGGAAGGCGCAGACCGAUAUAUCUAUAAUCCAAUACAGCUCCCUCAUCUUCCAAGCUUUAACCAAAGGGAUAAUUGUACUUUCAGAUAUGGAGAUGCUUCUUGGAAUGGACUUGCGAAAUGGAUGCAUAAUUCGACCACAAGGCAGAAUUCUUAUCACAAGAUCAGUCGACAAGGGUUUUACGAUAAUCUUGCUGAGAGGAUCUUGAGCAAACAAUAUUAUAGGUCAGUAAAUCAAGAUCUUCUUAGCAGCAGAAUAUCUUCUUUCAAUGAAGGAUCCACUCGGAGAAUCAACGAAUCCAAAGGUGUUCUCGGAUCACUUCAAGAUCAAGAAUCUUGGAUAGGUCAAUCUAAACAAAACCCUAUUUGUGAGCUCAAUUCCUUAAAGCUGAUGCAGCAUAAAGUUCAUGAGCAUAGUACUUCUGAUAAUAGAAUUAAUAUCCCUCCUCGAAAUAUAGAUGGAACAACGAGUUUCCAAAGGCAGACUACGGUAAAAAGGAAGGCCUCAGACUGUGAUCUCGACUUGAAUUUAUCGCUCGCAUCAGAAUCAAGGGAUGAUGAGAGGCAGCAAGAUUUACAGUACGACGAGAGCGGCUUGUCGUUAUCAUUGUACACUCCAUCUUCAUCGAAGCUUAAGAAGUUAAAAGAAGAUGAUAGUAAUGCAAGAGGAGCGAGUACUCUGGAUCUGACUCUGUGA